AUGUCAUCUUCGAGACGUAGAGGUCGUUCAUCCUCUUUAGAAGAUUUUCGCUCUUCAUCAUCAAAACGAAGAAAUCGUUCACCUUCACCUGAAGAACAUGAUAGUAAACAUCAUAAAAAACAUAAACAUAAAAAAAAAUCAAAAGAACAUAAGGAACAUAAAGAACGUAAAGAACACAAAGAAGACAAAUUAUCAUUAAUCCAAUUAUCUGCUUAUUCAAAUGUUGAUAAUCCAUUUGGUGAUGUAAAUCUUGGCGAGAAAUUUGAAUGGAAGAAAAAGAAAGAUCGUGACAAAAAGAUGGGUUUAACACCUGAAGAGAUUAUGCAGAGAGAACGUGAAAGACAAGAGGAGGCACAACUUGAACUUGAAAAAUUGAAUAAAAGAAGAGCAGAACGUGAAAGGGAACAACAAUUAAGAGAAGAAGAACUUGCUCGUAUACAAAGAGAAUCUGAAGCUGGAGCAAUGGGAGAUUUGGCUUCUAAAGAAGAUGAAUUUCAUUUGGAACAAGCAAAAGUAAGAGCUGAAAUUCGCAUAAAAGAAAAUCGAGCAAAACCAAUUGAUAUCCUUGCAAUAAAUUUACGAUUAUCGGAUGAGUCUGAUCAAGUUGAUGAAUCAUUAGAAAUUGAUAUAGAUGAACCAUACACUAUAUUAGAGAAUUUGAAUUUGGAAGAAGUUAAAGAAUUGCAUGGAGAUAUUCUGAAAUAUUUGAGUCUUGAAAAAAACCCAAAUCAUCUUGAAUUCUGGAGGGCAAUGAUCGUUGUUUGUGACGAUAAAUUAUCUGAACUUCAUGAUGAUGAAAAAAAUCAUGCAGGGAAUGUAAUUGCACCAGUAAAAGACGAAAUAAAUAAGAUUUUUGAAGAUAAAACAUAUGAACAACUUCAAAAACUUCAAUUAGGAAUUCAACAAAAAUUAUCAGGAAAAGAAGCAGUGGAUAUUGAGUAUUGGGAACAGCAAUUGAAGUUAUUGACCGUCUGGAAAGCAAAGGCAAAAUUAAAAGCAAUGCAUGAAAUAGUAUUACAAAAAAGACUUGAACAACUUCGUAAAAAGCAAAGAGAAGAAGCUGUCAAAGUGCAGGAGGAAUUGGAAACUGCGCUUGCAACACAUUCCCAGCAUGUACAAGACGCAAUGUCUGUUAAUGAUAGCAUUGACGAUGAAGAUGAAUAUGAACAUUUGAAUCUUGAAGAUAUUGUGAUUGAAGAAUAUGAUCGAUCAAUGAGUCCUGAGCCAUUCCAGAGAUUAUCUAGAGAAGAUAAACAAUUAGACAUUCUUGAGUCUGGGAAGGAUUUGAAAGAAUUGAAAGAAAAACGUAAACGUGUGCUUGAAAAUCAAUUUAUACCAAUGAGAGUACAACCUAAGAAACCAACUCUUGAAGAAGAAGAAGAAUCUUUUGUUUCAAAAAUGUUAUAUGAACGAGAAGCAGCAAAAGAUUUGGAUGAAGAUGAAACUAUUUUUAAUAUUGAAGAAGAAUUAGCUAAAACUACAUAUUUAUGGCAAGAUAAGUAUCGACCACGUAAGCCUCGUUAUUUCAAUCGUGUACAUACAGGGUAUGAGUGGAAUAAAUAUAACCAAACACAUUAUGACAGUGACAAUCCGCCUCCAAAAGUUGUGCAAGGAUAUAAAUUCAACAUAUUUUAUCCUGAUCUAAUUAAUAAAACUAAAGCUCCAACCUAUAAAAUUGAAAGGGAGCCUGGUAAUACUGAUACAGUACUAAUAAGAUUCAUUGCUGGACCACCAUACGAGGAUAUUGCAUUUCGUAUUGUUAAUCGCGAAUGGGAAUAUUCUCACAAAAAAGGAUUCAAAUCAAGUUUUGAUCGUGGAGUUUUGCAACUACAUUUUCACUUCAAACGUCAUUAUUAUAGACGUUAA